AUGCACGUGAGCGGUAAUUUAGCCGGCGAAAUGUUGUGGCUAGUUGUUGGAAACAGUUCGGUUCAAAGCGUGCAUCGGCGCCGCUGCAGGCACGUUCGUAGAAACGAACUUAUAGCAAGAUAUAUAAAAUUAAGAACGGGGAAAACGCGAACAAGAAAACAAGUAUCAUCACACAUACAGGUUCUAGCUAGGCGGAAACUUCGAGAGAUACAAGCUAAACUCAAAGUGGACGGUGGUGUGAUGAAAGAAAAGGCGAUGCAGUCUAUGAGCACACUAUCUAGCGCUCAAAUAGUGGCGGGUUUGCCACACCCGGCGUACCAUCACACGCAAUUCUGGCAACCCGGUCUACAAGCUGGCACGUCACAAGAUGUAAAACCUUUCCCCGGUGCGGGUUACAAAGGCGUUCCGGGCGUCGGCGGCGUAGUCCCCGGCGGGACGGAUGUGGCUCCCCCUCCACCCUGGGAAGGAAGAGCCAUAGCCACGCACAAACUGCGCCUAGUAGAGUUCUCAGCCUUUGUAGAACACCCUAGAGAUCCUGAUACGUAUCCCCCGAGCACGGCGCCGGCGCAGCAUCUCUUUGUACAUAUAGGUGGUACGGUCACGUAUGCGGAUCCCUUAUUAGAGUCGGUAGACGUGCAACAAAUUAAUGAUAAAUUCCCGGAGAAAAAGGGCGGUUUAAAGGAGUUGUACGAGAAAGGUCCCCGAAAUGCGUUCUUCCUCGUCAAGUUCUGGGCGGAUCUCAAUACAAACAAUCUUGACGACCCUGCCGCAUUCUAUGGCGUCACUAGUGUUUAUGAGAGCAACGAAAAUAUGACGAUAACUUGCAGUACGAAAGUCUGUUCGUUUGGGAAACAAGUUGUUGAAAAAGUGGAGACUGAAUACGCCCGGUUCGAGGGCGGGAGAUUCGUAUAUCGCAUACACCGUUCGCCCAUGUGCGAAUAUAUGGUCAAUUUCAUACACAAACUGAAACAUUUACCUGAGAAAUAUAUGAUGAACAGCGUCUUGGAGAACUUUACAAUACUACAGGUGGUUUCAAAUCGAGAUACUCAAGAGACAUUACUUUGCGCCGCGUUCGUCUUCGAAGUGUCGAACAGCGAACACGGCGCGCAACACCAUAUAUACAGGCUGGUCAAAGACUGA